ACAAGCGGCAGCGGCGGCGGUGGCUGCGGCUGCGGCCGCGGCGGCGGACGCGGCAGCGGUAGCGGCACCUUAUCAUCAUCGUCGUCAUCGGCUGCUACGUACCGCGGCGGUAGUACAGCUGCCGGUGCCGAUGCCGGCGAGUCACCUCUACAACAAGCGGGGUCCUGGCCAGGUGCCGGGCGGCAUUGGCAACAAUAACAUCAACAGUCACAUCGGGGUCGGCGGUACCGCCGGCGGCAUCCUUCACGGAGGAAUCAAGAAUCAACGGCAGCCGUUCCUUCAGCGUCUACCGUCGCGCAUACACGAUCUCACUCGGGCAAUCGAGAUGGCCGUUUCGGGAGCGGCGAAUACGGCAACACAGCAACAGCAACAGCAGCGUCAGCACGCGCAAGCCAAGCAGACCUCCCUGAAGAACAAACCCAACAACAACCGUCAGGCCGGCAGCAAAAAGCUCCAGCAGAGCGAGAAAGUGUAGUUGCAAGGAGUGUGUGAGAGAGAAAGAGAAAGGGAGAAACUGAACGUAUGUGUACCUGCGUUCGUGUGCGUGUGUAUGUGUGAGAGAGAGAGAGAGAGAGAGAGAGAGAAAGAGAGAACGGUUGAAGAGAGAGAAGUAAUGAAGGAAAUAGAAAGGAGGCCGCGCGAGAGAUAAUUAGAAAGAAGUAGGUUAGAUCGUUCGACUGUCCGAUAUGUAAUCGUGGACUGUGCAUGUUGAAAGCUCGAAGGAAAAUAACGGGGAGGGGGGGGGUAGAGAAAAAAAGAAUGCGAUAUUAACGAUUCCUCUCGUGUCCUCUCAUUCCCCUUUUUUUCCUCGCUGCGCUCUUCCUCUUUCGGGUUUCUGUUCUUGCAUUCGAUCGUGAUCAAAGAUGAAAAGAAAACACGCGAGAAACAUCCUUGGCGUUUUAUUGAUACAAGCAAAAUUGUUAGAAAUUUGACAAGGAAGACGAAAGAUUGAAGUGCGUUUUUGCCUUUAUCUUGCGUUCCUCCACAAUCAUGCUACAAGAUGCCAAGUAGGAAAUUCCACAUUCCUAGUUACAAAGGUAUAAAUUUUCAUGACUAGACGACGCGCGGGGAUAACAGGAGGGGACAACACGAAGAGACUAGUUCAAAAUGCUGAACCGAAAUUUGUAUUAGGUUUUACGCGUGACUCGCACAGCGUUUUACUCGCGGGUCCUGUAUAUACAUAUUGCCGAUUUAUAUGUAUGUGUACGCGAAAGCAUGCUUGUGGACCAAGUGUGUAAGCAGGACGACAGUUCGUAAAGAGCUUUGAAGCUCGAGGGAAGAGGAAGACGCAAAAGCUCGAGGUAUGAAAGUGAGGAAGGAAGGCAGAGAGAAAGAAAAAGAGAGAGAGAGAAAAAGGACUUUCCCUUCGAUUAGCAUUUGACGAUGCGUCGAGAGCCUCCGCCGGGCAUUUCGGCCGAUCUUUCUUUAUUUUUUUUUCUACUUAAUGUACAUCCAUGACCGGGUUAGUCACGACGAUAUCGGGCUGUGAGACUGAAUCACACACAUCAGACACGCAAUUAAUAUAUACAUACACAUACACUUGCACGUACAAGUAGAACGGUCACCAAAACGCGCGGUUAAGAAUGUCAGGCUGUCGUAGAAGAGAACAUAUUUCGGAACGCGCUCACGUGAGAUAAACCCCGUCGAAAUGCGGGAGAAAAAGAGCGGAUGGGAGAGAGAGAAAGAGAAAGAGAGAGAGAGAGAGUGAAAGAGAGCAAGAGAAACAGAAGGAAAGUUAGAGGGGAGUAUAAAAGAAUGAAAUCUCAAAGAAACACUCACACACAGUGCUUAGUAGUAGGUGGUUAUACAUACUCGUUUUAUGUAUAAGUUUUAGAGUAUUAGCGUCGUGUGAAUGAGGACAGGAGAGAGAAACAGGUAGGGAAUACGGUGAGGGUACGAAGUGCAAAGGAAAAGAAAGGAAAUAUUGAGAGAGGGGUGGGGGAUAAAAAGGUAAAAUUGAUUUUGUGGGUUUAAGAAUGUAAAGCGCGUGGGGGCCGUAUGGUAAUCGAGAAAAGGCGAGGAAAGAAAAAAAAAAGGAAAACCAAGUAUCAUGGGGCAGGGCUCGCACUCACGUGUUCGUACGAUCGCACGGAGCAGAUUUCAGUAUGCGGGCACGAUGUGUACCUCAAUGUAACCCCCGUAAGUUUAAUUAGAAUGUUACCGUUUGAGCAUAUGGACGUAUUAUUCUCGGGCGAAGCGGCUCCCCGGAGGAUCGCGAGCGGUGAUUCUCGGGGCUUGGUAUAGGGUAGAAAGAGAGAGGGAGAGAGCACGGCCUGUGAGGGAUCGCGAAGCGAUCUAACUGCGUACUGUAAUUACCGCUAGUCAGUACUCAGGUGGUCUCCAUUGCCACGCAUACGUGUCGAUGAUACGCACGUAUAUAAUGUGUCUCUUUCAUUUUCUUUUUUUUUUUAUAUGAGACGUAUUUAUUAGGUAGUAAAAAUGUGCUUUCGCAGGAUCGGAUCAUUCUCUGACUCUCGAUAAUUUUCCGUGAAGAUGCACCGUCCGAGAGAAUAUUUUAUAAGAUGUUACAUAGUUUCACGCGUCGUCAAUCCUUUUAUUCCUUACGAGGGAUUUCAUAAAUGUCAGGAACAAAUAACAAUAAAGGAAGAACGGGUUUCUUAUUUGAUUAUAGAAAUUAAAAAUGCUUUAACCUUUGCAUAUAUAAAUAUAUGCAUAUAACUUUUACACUUUAUACGUGAGACGUCAGAUAAUAAUUCAGAACGUAUGAUCGCUCGUGUCGCGUUUAAUUUUUCCUUUUUUUUUUUUGUCGUUGAUUAACAUUGCACGUUUCGUCGCUUGGGAAAGAUUCACGAAUAUUCAAAAUUGCAUAGAUACAACGAGAGGAGACGAUAUUGUUCUAUGAGACGGAAGAAAUGGAUAUUGCAACAUCCGUCAUUUUAUCUUUGUGUCAUAGAACAUUGAUAUUGUUCUUGUUUAAAAAUAUCGGUAUUACAAAAAAAAGUUAUGCACUUUGCAAAUUGGACCUCUUUAGAACUUUGAAAUUCUGGAAGAGAAAAGCUCUCGUUCCUGCAUGUACUUCGAGGACGGUGCAUGCGAUCGGUAUGUGAUACGGAUUAAUGACAAGAUUGCAAUGAUUGACGUUCGAUCUCAGGUCAGAUUAAGGAAUUACGCAUCUAGUCAACGUGCAAGUUGCCGCGUCGUCAGCGCAGUUUCGCAUUUAAAGAAAGGAUAGAUAACGACGGUGAACAUCGGGAAGUUGGAGGCGCGGACGCAACGACGAGCGCGGCUAAUGAUAAGUAAAAUGGCGCGAAGCAGGCGAGCCGGAUCCUCAGGCUCGUUCGUGCGAUUAUUGUUGCCAUCCUUUCGAAUGACGACAGAUCGAUUCGGUUUAUCGAACGGUGAUUGUAUUCACAGACAAAAUUCUGAAGCAAUUCUCCGCAGCUCAAGGAAUGAUUCUCCGCGAUUGUAAGUAGUUCAGAAAUCGCUUUCCGAAGGUGAUUCUCUCCGAUUACGCGUAGAGAUUACAUUAUUAAAGUGAUUUUCUACACCCGCUUCCGUCACUUCUCCCGAGUGAUCUUUCACAAGUGCAGAGACAGCGGUCCUUGAUCCGGCGAUCGCGACGACUUCUGAACGGAAAACGAUCUAUAGAUCUCCGGAUGGCGCGAGACGAGCUUGAGGACGCGGAUUACGCGUACUUAAUUGCGAGUAAAGCGAUACUCGAUUAAGGGUAGAUUUAGUCAAAGAAACCAAAAAAAAAAAAACACUUAAACAUGUAUGUGGUAAUAAUAAUGAGUACCUUAGUGUCUAGUCCGGGAGUCGCGAGGAGACGCGAGGACGAAUGAUAUCGUCUCUCGGAGAAGUCGCACGACUCCCACGAACGUUGUGGAUUUUCUUUUUCUAAGACAUUACUUUAUUUAUUCAGAGCCGCCGCCGAUUCACGCGCGGAUCCUUUCUCGACAAAGGACGCCGGGACGUCGGCGCGAGGCGCCAGGAUCUCGAACGUUAGUGCAAAUUAAGGCGUCGACGGGCAUUAAAACGUCGCCGCGUAAGUGCAAACUCGCUGAUCGGAGGGUGUUCGAACGACGAUUGGUCUCCCCCUUCAUCGCUCAUAAUUAUAUCACGACACUAUUAUACGAAUACAGUAAACAGUACAGCGUAACGCGUCGUUUGUAUAUGCAGAUAUAUACGAGGUGGAUAUAUUACCCUCGAUUGAUUUGCGUAAGCGAACGGUAAUUUUUAUUCGCAAUUUGAGAUGUAUAUUUCGCGUAAUAUUUGUUACGCGAGCACCGAUAGAAUAUUAAUAGAUCGUUAUCGAUAGGGAGUAAAUUAAUGGCGUAUUGGUACCACGUGAAAAGUGAGACCACGGCUUGACAGCUGGAAUUUCAUGCGUAUACGUGAGAUAUUAAUUAUAUUUCGACGCAUCCUCUCGGUAUCAGCGAGACGUCCGUUUUUUUCGGGACGUUUCUUUCAUAAUACACACAUGCGAAUAUACAUUUGCCAAUAUAAUAAUUAUUCUCCUUCUCGCUAU